AUGAAUUCCAUGAGAUUUUUUUGCCAUAAACAUCGCCUUCUCUCCACUUCCUCUGCAACAUCAUAUUCGUUUCCAUGGAUAUCUCCUCUGCAAUUUUCAAAAGCAGCUCCACUGGUCCCAGAUUCUCCAACAGAAACCUCAAGCACUCUUGUUGAAACUGGGAGGAAAUGUAAGUUCAUCUCACACGAGUCUGCCAUAAAUUUGAUCAAACGUGAGAAAGAUCCACAACAUGCAUUAGAAAUAUUCAACAUGGUAGGAGAGCAAAAGGGUUUUAAUCAUAACCAUGCUACCUAUUCAACCUUAAUCCAUAAGCUUGCCCAAACUAAGAAGUUCCAUGCUGUUGAUGCACUUCUUCAUCAGAUGACCUAUGAAACUUGCAAAUUUCAUGAAAAUAUCUUCCUCAACCUUAUGAAGCAUUUCUACAAGUCAUCUUUACAUGAAAGAGUGCUUGAGAUGUUCUAUGCUAUUCAGCCGAUUGUUCGGGAGAAGCCCUCUCUCAAAGCCAUCAGCACGUGUCUCAACAUAUUAGUCGAGUCAAAGCAGAUUGAUUUGGCCCAGAAAUGUUUAUUGUAUGUCAAUGAACAUCUGAAAGUAAGGCCAAAUACCUGUAUUUUUAACAUCUUGGUUAAGCAUCACUGCAAAAGUGGGGACCUUGAAUCUGCCCUUGAAGUCAUGCAUGAGAUGAAAAAGUCCAGGAGAUCUUAUCCUAAUGUGAUUACUUACUCGACUCUGAUCGAUGGGCUAUGUGGAAAUGGAAGACUUAAGGAAGCAAUUGAAUUGUUUGAGGAGAUGGUGUCGAAGGAUCAAAUAUUGCCUGAUGCUCUCACUUACAGUGUUUUGAUUAAAGGCUUUUGUCAUGGGGGAAAAGCUGAUAGGGCCAGGAAGAUAAUGGAGUUCAUGAGAAGUAAUGGCUGCGACCCAAAUGUAUUUAAUUAUUCAGUCCUGAUGAAUGGAUUUUGUAAGGAGGGAAGGUUGGAGGAGGCCAAGGAGGUUUUUGAUGAGAUGAAGAGUUCCGGUUUGAAGCCUGAUACAGUUGGGUAUACUACACUGAUAAAUUGCUUUUGUGGGGUAGGUAGAAUAGAUGAAGCCAUGGAGUUGCUUAAAGAGAUGACAGAAAUGAAGUGCAAAGCUGAUGCUGUUACUUUUAAUGUGUUACUUAAGGGUUUGUGCAGAGAAGGUAGGUUUGAUGAGGCUCUUCGGAUGCUUGAAAACCUAGCUUAUGAGGGUGUCUAUCUGAACAAAGGAAGUUACAGGAUUGUUUUGAAUUUCUUGUGCCAAAAAGGCGAGUUAGAGAAGAGCUGUGCGCUGUUGGGUUUGAUGCUCAGUAGAGGCUUUGUACCCCAUUAUGCAACUUCAAAUGAGUUGUUGGUUUGCCUUUGUGAAGCUGGAAUGGUAGAUAAUGCUGUUACAGCUUUGUUUGGAUUAACACAAAUGGGGUUUACACCAGAACCCAAGUCUUGGGCUCAUUUAAUUGAAUACAUAUGCAGAGAAAGGAAGUUGUUAUUUGUAUUUGAACUGGUUGAUGAGUUAGUUGCAAAAGAAACUGGAAAAUUCCACCAUUUUGAUAUCCAAUAAUGAAAAUAUGAACUUCAGUUCUAA